CAGAGCUCUAAUGGAAGCAAGCAGCAGAGUGAUGGUGCAGGUGUUGGUGUUGGCGUUGGUGUUCCAGGUCACCCUGUCACAGCACUGGUCCUAUGGAUGGUUACCAGGUGGAAAAAGAAGUGUGGGGGAGCUGGAGGCAACCAUCAGGAUGAUGGGUACAGGAGGAGUGGUGUCUCUUCCCGAAGAGGCGAGUGCCCAGACCCAAGAGAGACUGAGACCAUACAAUGUAAUCAAUGAUGAUUACAGUCAUUUUGACCGAAAGAGAAGGUUCCCUAAUAAUUGAAGAGCUACAAAAAAGAAAGAAAGAAAAAAAAACACGGACUGUAUUUGCGUCUUCAUCUACAACAGUGAUGGAUCGCCCGGGUGCAGGAUACUGACUUCAACAAAUCAUCACAUUUAUUGCACCGAUCAAUUCCAUGUA